AAGAAAAAAAAAAAAAAUAUUGGUAUUAAUAAGUAAUAAUUUUCUACUUGAAGUGAGCCAUACAUUCCAGUUAAAUAUUUAUCGUUUGUUACUUUCCUUCCCUUUUCCUUCUUUCCCCUCCCCCUGUCCUUCCCCUUUCACUUUCCACUUUACAUCAAACAACUGAAGUUAUAUAUUAUAUGUUUGUAUAUACAGUAUAUAUUAUAUUUAUAAACAAACACAUUCAUAUUAAAUAUUGAAUACAAUUUUACGCCUCAAGAAUAAUUUUAUUACAAUGGAUAUUCAACCAAUACAAGGAUACCAAUCGACACAAUCUUCAUUUUUUUACCAACCACCAAAUGAUGAUAAUUUUUAUCAUAUAACUAUACAAAAUUACCUCUGGGAAAAUAAUUACGAUUACGGUUUCUAUUACCAGGGAUAUCAUUUUGCAUGUAAAUUAUUAUUACAUACUUUGAUCGUAAAUAUGUUAAAUAAGGAAAUUUAUGGAAGAGAGUUUGAUGCAAAUGACUUGAAACGCAAAAAUACGUUAACUUGGGAUCAAAAAUUAAAACUCGAACUACACCUGAGACAAGAUCUUCCUUUUCUACAAGACCAAAUUUUAAAUAGUAAUCCAAACAUGGUGAACAUGAAUUCUUCAGAAGUUCAAACUAAACAAAAAGACUCGCAAUUGAACGAUGGAAUUAAAUUAUUUUAUCAAGCACCAAACGACAAUAGGUUUUAUCAUAUAACUUGUAAAAUACUUUUACAAGAUUAUAUCUAUGAUUAUGAUUACGAGUUCUUUUACAAGCAAAAAUAUCAUGUUACAUGCAAAUCAUUAUCACAUACUUUGAUUAUUAAUAUUUUAAAUAAGGAAAUUUAUGGAAGAAAUUGAAUCUCGAACUAAAUUUAAAACAAGUUCUUCCUUCUUAUCUCUACAUUCCUGAAAGAGAAAUGAGGUCGGAUUCAAAUGAAAAUACUCAACAUGAAAGCGAUGUGUCACAAGCAGGUCCAACGGUUGAUAUUUACGAUGGUACUAUUUGAUUUCAACAAUAUAACCUUUUUUUCUCUAUAUAGUAUUAAAAGAAAUUUUUUUUUAACUGUGUUAACUUAGAGUUGUAUAUUACUAAAGUCUACAUGUUCUUUCAUAAAUGUAUUAUUUAAUAACAAAUGAAAUAAUAAAAAAUUCUUUACUAUUACAA